AUGAUUGAUGUCCUUUCCCGAGGCGCGAUGAAGGUCACUCUUGCUUCGGUGAUGGAGUCGAAGUGCAUUACCCUAGCUCACGGAACGAAUGUGAAGUGCGAUGUUCUGGUUGGAGAAGUCUCUGCAUCGGACUAUGACGCGGUGCUCCUUCCCGGUGGCAUGCCAGGAGCCGUGCAUCUCAGCAACAGUGUGGCGCUGAAGAAGAUUCUGCAGGAGAUGCGGAUGGGGAAAAAACUGUACGGCGCAAUCUGCGCUUCUCCCGCCGUCGUCCUUGCCCCCAUGGGGCUGUUGGAGGGUGUGGAGAGCGUCACUUGCUAUCCCGGCUUUGAGGAGAGGUUGCCCUCUUCUGUCAGUUACUCCACGAGUGCUGUGGUAAAGUCGGGGAACUGUCUCACCAGCCGCGGUCCUGGCACCGCCAUCUACUUUGGGCUCGCUGCUGUUUCGGUUCUCAAGUCACCUGACCUGGCGGAGCAGCUUGCCAAGGCCAUGCUUGUAGAUCAAACCAAGGAGAUGGGCGACGUGCGCGCCAUCGAGCGAACUUAG